UGCAAAAUGGAGUGUAGAUUUUUUUUGAUAAUAUUUAUCUUGUCAUUUAAUUGUAAAAUUGGUAGCACAUCUAUGAUGGACUGGCUGUGGGGAAGAAAAACAGAUGAUUCGAAUGUCCUUGUUGCCGAUGGUGUACCUCUGAUCUCGAUUCCUUAUGAGUCAAUGACAGAGGAUGAGAAAUUUCUUCAAGAGGCUUCCAAAUUCACGGAUAUUCAAGUGUCUUCCCCAUUAGAGACUUGUCAGCACAAAGUCAUCAUGAAGAUUAAAACCUCAUGCUCCGACAUGACAGAGGAAGAUCUAGCAAAACUGGGUGUCAAUCUCCUUAACUGCCAAUCAGCAGUUGAAGGCAGGAAAAUGUUUCCGUGCACUGAAGAAAUGUCUCUUAAGCAAUGUACAACCGACAUGGAUGCUGAUAUGUGGAAUGCGUAUCACUUAAUAAGUAACAGAGCGAGGGCAAUUUGUUAUGCAGCUCGAAAUACACAAUUUCGUGCUCUUACAGAGUUGACUGUCAACAAGCUGAUGCAGUCUGCGCAUUCUCAAAUCAAAGCAUUAAAUUCCUUGAAGCACGGUCAAGAUCGUUUGGAAGAACAAACAACGGAAGCUCUAUUAUCGUUAACUGAAAAAAACAAGCUACUUUUGUCACAACAAGAAAACUUGAAGGAUGCUCAGGCAACAGCUCACAGUCUUGUAACAACAAACCUAAGAGAGUUGUAUAAUGAAAAAGCAUUAAUACGAUCUGGCCACGCUCAGCUUACUGCCAUGACGGAAGAAAUAAAAAAUAAAUUAGAAAAGGCACAUAAAGAUCUCGAGCAACAGGCUACCGAACGUGGAGAAAAUCAUAAGGAGGUAUUGCAAGAUUUGUUUACCAUACAAGAACAAGCGCAAAUGAUCUGGGAGAAAAUCGAACAAAGCACAAAUCAUUUGUUACAACAACAUGAGGAAACUAUCCACCAAUACGAGCAAACGAUGCAGAUGCUCACGCAAAUUAACGAUACUAUUCAGUACAUUUGGAAUCUCACUAAUACAAUGCGCACGGAAGUAGACCAAAAAUUGGGGUGGAUUACUGAUUACAUCGGCGAUACUGGUGAACAAAUGCAAAGAGCAUAUCGCAUAUUUUUACACCUUAUGUAUUUAUUAGUGGCGAUGAUAGUCGCCGCGUUUUUACAAGCACCUUUUUUAACCAGAGCCACUAUCAUGGGUGUUAUACCAGCGAAUCUUGUAACCUACUUGAAACAGGGCAUGGAAGCUUGUUUAGAUUUUACAUCUAUAACGGUAUUAAUAUUCUUGAUCACCGCAAUGCAUUUUUUAAUGCUGGGAAUACAACGUAUAAUCGGACCAAACGUCCCGGAAGCGAAAACGAAGUUAAUAAAGCUGAUUCAUCAACAAAAAGGCUAUUCGAAUGGAAUUGAUGACAACACAUCUUCGUCGAAUUCUAAUUCCGUACCAAAAAUGCAGUUGAACACAACAUUAAUGAGUAAAGUGCGAAAACUGUACAAUCUCAGCGUUUCGCAAAUAAAUAAUUUCAGAGGGAAACUUAAUGUCUUGUUAGAGGCAGUCGCUUCGUGGGGUGGACGAAAUUUAAAUGCGCAUGAGGAGCUCUCUUGUUCGUAUCAACCGUCGAGGAAGAAGCGUGAGGACAUUAUUCACUUGCAGUCUGCACUAACAAAAGGUCCGAUAGAAUGUGAUUCUUCUAUCGACAGCGUGACGUCAUGGCAGUAUCAAGAUAAUUAUUCCACAGAUUAUAACGAUUAUAACACAAAUGAUUUUAACGACACAGGAAAGUCGUUUGAGCAUUUGCGGUACCACAUGGGUUUGCCGCGAACUAGAAGUAAUACUCCGAUGCUGAAAAUACCUUGUAUGGGAAUAACGAGAAAUGGCAGGAGAUGUCGAGCGUUUGUUUCACCCGGACAUAACUACUGUUACCACCACUCCGGUACAUUGAGUGAGCAUCUUGAUUAAUCGAAAAAAAGAUUAAUAAUUGCAAAAUAGUAAUGUUUAUAUAAUAAUUGCUAAAAAUUGGGGUAAAUAUUUAUUUAUUAUAAUGUAAAAUAUUAGUACAAUAAUUAAUACGAUUUUAAUAAGAAAGUAA